AACGGCUCUUUUUUACUAUCUACUUUUCUUUCAAAAUUUAAACUUUGAAUGAGAAAAUAAGUUAACCAGAUUCACUUUCUUGCAUUGCUUUUCUGGCCCUCGUUCUUUUAUCAAACGCACAAUCUUCUUCUUCAACUCCACAAUAUCAAAGUAUUUGAUACCCACUUUUCCUUCGCAUUCUUUGUUUUUGUCUUCCAUGGCGAUGGCUCUGAGACCCAUUGAUAAUGCACUUCCAACAACCCCUGAGAGGCCCAAAAAGCAAGCAAAAGUUGCGGUUUCGAUUCAAAAACAAUCUGAUUUCGGUGGUAAUGACGAAAACAAGGUUAUUUUACCGGCAUCUGCCGAUGCCACCGUUGACUAUAUCCCUUCUGAGAAUCUCCAACCCAUCCCAGAUCCUGAUUCCAAGAUUCAAAGCUUUGUCGAAGGAUUAGACUCCAAGGAUUGGAUUAAAGUGUGCGAGUCACUGAACGAUGCUAGGCGUUUUUCACUCUAUCACUCUGCUCUUCUGGUUCCUCUUCUGGAGAAAGUUAUGGUGGUCCUGGUCAAGGCUAUGAAGAACCCAAGAAGCGCUUUGUGCAAGACCUCUAUUAUGGCUUCCUCUGAUAUUUUCAAUGCGUUUGGUGACAAGUUAUUGGACCCCACCAUAUCUAAUGCAUUUGAUCAAUUGCUUCUGCAGAUAUUGCUGAAAGCUUCUCAAGACAAACGCUUUGUGUGUGAAGAAGCUGACAGGGCAUUGAAUUCAAUGGUGAGGUCCUUAACUCCUCUGCCUCUGCUCCAAAAGCUCCGAACCUGUGUUAGCCAUACCAAUCCUAGAGUCAGAGCCAAGGCUGCUAUAUCCAUCUCAAAUUGUGUUUCUAAGAUGGGGCUGGAAGAAAUGAAAGAUUAUGGGUUGGUCACUUUGGUUCAAAUGGGUGCUGAUUUGUUGAAUGAUAGGCUGCCUGAGGCAAGAGAAGCGGCUCGAAGUGUUUUGAUUUCAACGUACAAUGUGUUUGUAGAAAACGAAGAACAGAAGCAGGAGGCAUGGCAGAACUUUUGUCAGUCUAAUUUGUCUCCGAUACAAGUUCAGUCCAUUGUUAAAAUUACUACUCCUCAGUAGGGGGUUUGGGUUUAGUAGUAGAAUGCUGGUGUUGUUUCAUGUAAAUCUUGUUUUUACAUGAGUAGUCUACUUUGGGGAACAAAGAACAAUGUCAGGAUGAAAUUUGAUUUAGAUUAUUAUAAAUAAAAAUUUAAUUUUUUUUCUUGUUC